UCCUCGGCAGUCUAAAUUAGAAGAUAUACUCAUUCUGACGUAACCGCAGAAUUAUAAUGAUAAAUGCUAGAGAUUUAUCUAAAGUUUAAAAAAACAUAAAUUGAGAAACGGAUAUUAAUUAGGAGUUAAGUACUAAGUGGUGUAGUGAUGAAGUGGUGGACGUGUGUGGUGUUCAUGUGCGCGGCCGUGCUGGCUGACGACGAGUGGCGCGAGGUGAGGACUGCGCAAGGGCCGGUGCGCGGGCGCAAGCACCCCACUGAAGAUAUAUACACCUUCUUCAACAUACCCUACGCCACCGCGCCCACGGGCGAGGAUAAAUUCAAGGCUCCUCUCCCUCCACCAGUAUGGUCGGAAACGUUUGACGCAGUUGACGAGUACGUGAUAUGUCCACAGGCUAAAUCACCAUGGGAUAUGUUGAUGCCAAAGAAUCGAGUGGUAAAAGAAAAUUGUCUCAUAGCCAAUGUCUAUGUACCAAACACGAAAGAGAAAAAUCUUUCUGUCUUAGUGAUUGUUCACGGAGGAGCAUUUUUAAUGGGUAGCGGUGAACAACUUAAAGGAACAAAAUUUAUGAACACAAAAGAUUUUAUUAUAGUCACAUUUAACUACCGACUUGGCAUUCACGGGUUCCUAUGUCUGGGCACUGAGGAUGCGCCAGGCAAUGCUGGCAUGAAGGACCAGGUGGCGCUGCUGCGCUGGGUGCAGAAGAACAUCGCCAGCUUCGGCGGUAACCCUGAUGAUGUUACUAUUGACGGGUACAGCGCGGGUUCUGUCUCAGUAGAUCUGUUAAUGUUGUCUAAGUCAGCAGAGGGACUAUUCCAAAGAGUCAUACCUGAAAGUGGAGGAAACCUGGCAGCUCUUGCAAUCCAGCGAGAUCCUGUAGAGAUUGCAAAAACGCAUGCUAGGAAGUUGAACUUCACUAAUGUAGAUGAUAUCUACGCUUUAGAAGAUUUCUAUAGGAAAGCUCCAUUGGAGCUAUUAUUAACCCCAGAUGACUUAUUUGAUAGAACAGAUUCCAUAUUCACGUUUUCACCGUGCGUAGAACGUGACACAGGAGACGGAGCGUUCCUAACUGAAUCACCUCUGACUAUACUCAAGAGUGGCAACUACAGAAAAGUACCACUAUUAUAUGGUUUCGCAAAUAUGGAAGGGUUGUUACGCAUUGGUUUCUUUGAUAUCUGGAAGCAUAAGAUGAAUGAAAAGUUUUCUGAUUUCUUGCCACCUGACUUAAAGUUUGAUUCUGACGAAGAAAGAGAAGAAGUGGCAAAUAAGAUAAAGAAGUUUUACUUUGGUGACAAGCCAGUCGACAAUGACAAUAUUUUAAAAUACGUUGAUUUCUUCUCGGACGUCAUCUUUGCUUAUCCCAUGCUUAGAGCUGUAAAGUUGCACGCGGAGGCUGGCAACAAUCAAGUAUAUUUGUAUGAAUAUAGUUUUGUGGAUGAGGACAUUCCCCUGGUACCUUACACUAAUGUACGAGGAGCUGACCACUGUGCUCAGUCAAUGGCUUUAUUUGAUGGAAAAAAUUUAACUCAAUCAGAUGAGUCUCAAGCGACCCCGGAGUACCAGAAUAUGAUGAAGAUUAUUCGCGAAAUCUGGCAUAAUUUUCUUAAAACAGGAGUGCCAGUGCCAGAGGGCUCGUGGCUGCCGGCGUGGCCGGCGGCGGGCGCGGACCGGGCGCCGCACAUGUCGCUGGGCGAGCGGCUGGAGCUGCGCGGCGCGCUGCUGGCGGAGCGCACGCGCUUCUGGGAUGACAUCUACCAGAGAUACUACCGGGACGCGGUGCCGCCGCCGAAACCCCCGCCCAGACCACGCAGCGAGUUGUAACGUAAAUAACGUAGCGUGGAAAUAUCAUUCUCAAAUAAAUAAAAAGAUGUUACUUCAUAGGAAAAUAUAUUCAAUCUAGCGAGUAGAAUAUGAUUAGAUAAAAUAAAAAUAUUUAUGUAAGUAAAUGUUACCUUUGUAUUUGUAUGUUUUGAAGUCAUUCAUGCCAGGCUACGGUUAUAGUCUCACAGCUGGGACGGAGACUGCCAAAACGAUAAAAUUAUGUUCAACACUUAGUUAACUGAAUAAGAUUUGCAUUUUCAGGUGAUAAAAAACUCAUUUGAAAACAGAUAUACUCCAUUUCUUCUAAAUAAAGUUCAGUAGCAAUCAAGUACCUACUUAUGAAGUUUCAAAUUGAAGACAUAUUUACUCUCUACUGUUAAGUAUUAUGGCCAGUUAAGCUCAAGAUAAUAAGCUGGAAGUCAAGAGGCAAUUUAAUAAAUAUAUAGACUUUAUCUGUAAAUCAGCUAUCAGUAAUCAGGUAAUCGGGUAAUAUUUUUAUCAUCAUGUUUCGCAAUAGUAAACAUAAAUUAAGUAAUAUACCUAUUUUACAAGCUAGGUAUUGAUAUAUGAUAUUAAGAUAUGAUAAUUAGGUGCCAUCAGCUAAUUAAUGUUCGUGACUGGACGAUUAAGUCCAAUCUUGUCAGUCACUGUGACUAGGCAUUUUCAAUAUCUAAAAUAAUGUACAUGAAAGAAUGAUCGAAGAAUUGUCUAAGUUUAUGAAAAUGUUGUAAUAGUCAAGUAGGUACUACUCAUACCUGUGGGGGAUCCAGCCGACGGAGUGUAAACGGUACAGGAAGUACCUA